AUGGCUCGCAGGGCAGCGGGCCUCCUGCUGUACCUCCUUACCCUGGGAGCAUGCAGUGUCCAUGCGUUCUACCUGCCAGGCGUCGCGCCCGAGGACUUUAAAAAGGGAGACCCUGUCACCCUCAAGGUGAACAAGAUCAUGUCGGUGAAGAACCUUCCCUACGACUACUACUCCCUCCCCUACUGCCGUCCCGAGAAAAUCAUCAGCUCUGCCGAAAACCUGGGGGAGGUGCUGCGUGGGGACCGGAUCCUGAAUUCCCCAUACACGACCCAGUUCCGUGUGCCCAAGUCCUGCGCGGUCCUGUGCCGCAUCGCAAAGCUGGACAAGAAGCAGGCCAGCGCGUUCACGAACCGAAUCGAUGACGAGUACCGCGUGAACAUGAUCCUGGACAACCUGCCCAUUGGCAUCGUGCGCAUUCGGUCCAACCAGGGCAAGCAGAUCAAGGCCUACGAGCGCGGCUUCCCUGUGGGGUUCAAAGAGGCGGACGGCUCCGUCAUCCUGAACAACCACCUGUCCUUCACCAUCCUGUACCACUCGGACCCGGCCAGCGGCACCGCCCGCAUCGUCGGCUUCGAGGUGGUGCCCCAGUCGGUGCACCACAAGUAUGAGGGCAAGUGGCAGGGCGCCGACACCAAGCUGACCACCUGCAGCAGCACCAAGGGCUCCUCCGUGGCCGCGGGGGCAGAGGCCCAGCUGGUGAAGCAGGGGCAGGAGGUCGUGUUCACCUACGAUGUCAACUAUAGGGCCUCCAACAUCCUGUGGGCAUCUCGGUGGGACACGUACCUGGUGAACCUGGACGACCAGAUCCACUGGUUCUCCAUCGUGAACAGCGCCAUGAUUGUGCUGUUCCUCUCCGGCAUGAUCGCCAUGAUCAUGACGCGCACGCUGCGCCGGGACAUCUCCACCUACAACGCGCUGGAGGCCGGGGAGGAGGGCGAGGAAUCCGGCUGGAAGCUUGUGCACGGCGACGUCUUUCGCGCGCCGCGCGGUCUGUCCUGGCUGGCGGCCUGCGUGGGCACGGGGGUGCAGCUGCUGGGCAUGGCCGGCGCCACGGUGGCCUUUGCGCUGGCGGGUUUCCUGAGCCCCGCCAACCGCGGCGGCCUGAUGACGGCCAUGCUGCUGCUGUUCGUGGCGCUGGGCGGCGUGGCGGGCUACGCCUCGGCCCGCCUGUACAAGUCCUACGGCGGCGCGCACCGCCGCCGGACCACGCUGCGCACGGCGCUGGCCUUCCCCGGGGUCGUCUCCGCCAUCUUCCUGGCGCUGGACUUCCUGAUCUGGGGCCAGCGCUCCAGCGGCGCGGUCCCGCUGGGCACGCUGGCCGCGCUGGUCUCCCUGUGGUUCGGGGUGUCGGUGCCGCUGUGCUUUGCGGGCGCGGCGCUGGGCUACCGCUCCGCCGUCCCCGACCCGCCGGUGCGCACCAACAAGAUCCCGCGCCAGGUCCCGCCCCAGCCCUUCUAUCUGCACCCCACCACCGGCGUGCUGGUGGGCGGCGUGCUGCCCUUUGGCGCCGUCUUCAUCGAGCUCUUCUUCAUCCUCUCCUCCAUGUGGCAGCACCAGUUCUAUUACCUCUUCGGCUUCCUGGCCCUGGUCGCCGUCAUCCUGGGCAUCACCUGCGCCGAGAUCGCCAUCGUCCUCUGCUACUUCCAGCUCUGCGCGGAGGACUACCACUGGCCCUGGCGCGCGUACCAGUCGGCGGGGAGUUCCGCGCUCUACCUCUUCGCCUACUCCAUCGUCUACUUUGUCACCAAGCUGGACAUCACCGCCCUGGUGCCCAUGGUCAUGUACUUUGGCUACAUGACGAUUGUGACCCUGGCCUUCUUCGCCAUGACGGGGACGAUAGGCUACUACGCCUGUGCCGCCUUUGUGCACAAGAUCUACUCUGCCGUGAAAAUCGACUAG